AUGUCACUUACACAAUCUUCUGCACUUGAUAUCGCAAGCACUGCGUCCCUGGCCGCUCGCCGGCUCGCGAUCUUAUCCAAUAUUGAGCGCAAUGAAGCAUUGACUGCGCUUUACCAGGGGCUCUUGACUAAUAAAGAUGCCAUCCUUACGGCCAAUGCUAGGGAUGUCGCAUCGGCGAGUCGGGCUGCAGAAAAGGGUGAUCUCAAUUCUAGUGUUCUAAAGAGGCUUGACUUAUCCAGACCGGGAAAAUAUGAUGAUAUGUUGCAAGGAAUCCUGGGUGUGCGGGAAUUAAAAGAUCCAAUUGGCACCGUGACUCUGAGGACGCUCCUUGACGAUGGCCUUACUCUAGAGAGAGUGACUUGCCCAAUUGGGGUUCUAUUGAUAAUUUUUGAGGCUCGCCCUGAGGUCAUCGCAAACAUCGCUGCCUUGUCUAUAAAAUCUGGUAAUGCGGCUAUUCUAAAAGGAGGGAAAGAAUCAACCGAGUCUUUUGUCGCGAUAUCGACGGUCAUCUCCGAAGCCAUCUCAAACACUCGAGUUCCCAAGUCAUCUAUUCAGCUGGUACAGACCAGGGAUGCAAUCUCGUCCUUGUUGGCUCAAGACUCUUUGAUCGAUUUGGUCAUCCCCCGUGGCUCUAACGAUCUUGUUCGCUACGUCAAGGAUAAUACAAAAAUUCCAGUUCUAGGCCACGCUGACGGUAUUUGUUCCGCCUAUAUCCAUCAUGACGCGGACCUAGAGACGUCUGUGAGAGUUAUCGUGGACUCCAAAACAGAUUAUCCAGCUGCAUGCAACUCCUUGGAAACUUUGCUCGUACACGAAACGGUUCUUAGAACUAUACUGCCUGCAGUUGGCAAUGCUCUGGUGGCAAAGGGAGUUAUGUUGAGGUGCGAUGAAUCUUCUAAGAGUGCACUAAAAGAUACUUUGGGCGCUGCCCAGAUGGAUUCAAUCGUAGAUGCAGUUGACUCCGACUACAAUACAGAGUUCCUGGAUCUCAUUUUGGCAGUCAAAACGAUACCUGCAUCUGCCUCGGGUUUGGACGUUGAUGCAGCGAUUGCUCACAUCAACACCCAUUCCUCGAAGCAUACUGAUAUCAUUUUGACCAAAACAAGGUCAACUGCGGAAUAUUUCAUGAACAGCAUCGAUAGUGCUGGAGUCUUUUGGAAUGCCUCGACGAGAUUUGCAGAUGGCAUGAGGUAUGGUUUUGGUACGGAGGUUGGCAUCAGCACAAAUAAGAUUCACUCCAGAGGACCUGUGGGCUUAGAUGGCUUGACCAUCUACAAGUUUCUCAUUCGGGGAGACGGGCAUAGAGCAGGCGACUACGUUGAAGGUGAGGGUGGGAAACAAUGGAAACACAAAGCUCUACCACUGUGA